AUGGGUCAAUCUCUAUCAGCAUCAUUUCGUUUACGUGUUCAACAAAAAACUCAAGAAAAAAUUGAACAAAAAGAACGUCGUCGACAAGAUCGAGAAAAUCGUUCUCGUCAACAAGAAAUAAAUAUUAAUAGUGAUAAUCCAUAUGAUAAUGAUAUUCCUAUAUCAUCAACAUCAACAAGUCGAUAUUCAUCUCAACCUGAUCUAACAACAAUUAAUAAUGAUGUACCACCAACACCACGACGACAAAUUGAUCCAAAUAUAAAUGCAAUUUUACCUAAUUUUCCAUCACAACAUCGUUUUCGUGUUUCAAAAAAUUUUAUGGCUCGUUCACAAACAUUUAAUAAUCGACGUGAUAUACCAGCAAAUGAACAACAUUUAGCAUUUAAUCGUCCAUUAUCGGAAGAUCGUAUUGUAGAUCAAAUAAGAAAUCCAGAUCAUGUCUAUCGAGAAGCAAUGGAAUCAAUAUCAAAUGAUGAUUGGGAACAGAAAUGUUCUGGUCUUCAUUUACUUCAAGCUCUUAUUGCACAAUAUCCUGAUACAAUAACACAAAAUUUACAUCAAGUUGUUUUAAUUCUUAUACAAGAAGUUAAAAAUCUUCGAUCACAAGUUGCUCGUUUUGCUUUAUCAACAUUUUGUGAUAUGUUUAAAUAUUUAAAACGUAAUAUGGACAUUGAACUUGAUAUCACUGUUAAAGCUAUCAUACAAAAAAGUGCAGAAAGUAAUGAAUUUUUCAGAUCUGAUGCUGAAAAAUGUCUUCAAAUGAUGGUGGAUAAUGUUACACUUCAAAAAGCAUUACAAGCAUUAAUAGCUGGAGGAGCAAGUCAUCGUAAUCCAGCUGCAAGAAAAACAUCGGCGAAAUGCAUUUUUCUUGUUUGUGAAAAAUUAGGUCCAACAAAAAUUUUAAGUGGUACUCGAGAUAUAACUGAACGUGUAUUACAAGUUGCUGCUACAUUUGCAUCUGAUGGACCACCAGAAAUUAGAUGGUAUGGUAAAAAAAUCUAUCAUAUGUUAAUGCCAUAUGAUGAACUUGAUUCAAUGAUGAAACAUUAUCUUAAUCCAACUGUUUAUACAAAUAUGUGUGAAAUUCUUGAUAAUAUUCGAGCUAAAGGUGGUGUUGGUGAAACUCCAAGUGAAUCAGCAAGAAAUAAUGGUCGACGAGCUUUAUCAAAUGAUAAAUUAACUUCAAAUGGAAAUUUAACAAAUCAAUUUUCCUCAACACGUAAAAUAAAUACAGUUGAUCAAGCUGAACAAGUUCGAGAAUUAACAAAACAAAUGCGUAGUUCAGAUUUUCGUGAACGUUUAAAUGGUAUUGAAGAAUUUCAAAAGCUAUGUGAACUUGAAACUGAUACAGCUAUACAAUCACUUGUACAAAUAUUUGAUGGUUUUAAUGAUUGUUUAGCUGAUAUGAAUUCUAAAGUUGUACUUAAAGCAUUAAAUACAAUGCAUCAAGUUAUACCUAUAUUACGUGAUGCUUUAUCAAGUGUUAUUAAUUCAGCAUUACCUCUUGUUGCACAAAAUAUUGCAUCAAAAAAUCGAGAAAUAUCACAACUUGCAUCGGAUAUUAUUGAUACAGCUAUUGACUAUAUUGAUUGUGGUGUAUUAAUACAACCAUUGUGUACACUUAGUCAAAAUAGCAAUCUUCGUAUUCGACCUGAGAUCGUUCUCAAAUUAGCUAAUGUUGUACCUCGAGUAUGUCAACGUAAACCAAAACAAGUCGAAAUUCAUCUAUUACCAACUUACUGGAAAUUAUUAUCUUUAUUACGUGGUCAAAAUUCCACUGCUAUAGCAUCAUCAGCUAGUGGUUCUAAUAGUUUAAAUUCCUCAAUACAUGUAUUAACAACGGCACUUUAUAUAGAACUUGGUUCUUUAUUAAUUGAAAAGGCAAGUUCUAGCUCACUAGUAACACCACAAAAUCUACAAUUACUUCGUGAACUUUGCACAAAUAUAAAUACUGAAUGA